AUGGUUGACUUGCAGAAGACACUGUCUGAAGAAGAGAUGGAUGAUAUCAUAUAUGAAGCGAGAGUGGGGGAUCUUGAUUCUUUGAAAGAAAUUUUCGAGAAACAUGUCGACCCCCAAACGCUACUGACCAUUAAAGACGAAUACACUUUAGCUACCCCCAUACACAUGGCAGCGGCGAAUGGACAUGACAAGGCCUGUCGAUACCUAUUGGGGUUGCUUUCUAGGAACGAUGCACAGAAUUUAGUUAAUAAACAGAAUGAAUCGGGAAAUACGGCGCUGCACUGGGCAGCGUACAAUGGGCACACAGAGACAAUCAGGGUACUUUGCGAAUUUGGCGCAGACCCAUUCCUGAAAAACAAGUUCAACCACGACGCUAUCUACGAGGCAGAGAAGAAUAACAAAUCUGAAGUCGAAAAGUACUUCUUGGAGAAAUUCGAUAUUCAGCAGGACGAUGAUGAACCGGCACAGAAAGUCCAGUACAAGGAGGGAACGGAGAUCGAGAAGGCAACGGAAGAAUCGCGUGAGGUGGAAACUCUCCGGAAGGGGCUCGAGUCUAAUCAGUUGUGA